GAGGAGCUCAGAGAGGCAUAAACAGAAGCGAUGGGGGAUGAAAAAAGGCUGUAGUGAGGAAACCUGUAGUUAUUCUCUGGGAACCAGAUAGAAAGGAGGAAAUCUAGUGGGAGAGUAGAAACCCUGGGGAUCCAGUUCCUGUAGGAAGGGUUUAUCCAGAAGGGUGGUGGAGCAGAAGCCUGAGAGAGGCAGAGUAGGAAAAGGCUCAGGGAAAUAGCAGCAAGGUAGGACAUUGCAGACCUUGACUGCUGAUUAGAGGGUCUCUGAGUUGGAACCUAGAAUAGAAGGUGGGCCUGGUUUCUCCUACUAGCUAUGGAGGCGAAGUCUGGGCAGUGAAUUGGAAAACUGCCUGAUCAAGUUCAGAUGAAGAUCCUUUGACGCUCGGAAAGGAGGAAAACACAUAGUGACCUGGCCAGAGGACUAAGCCCUGAAGAGGGAGCAACCAACUCAUGAAAUGGAAGUGUACAGAGUCCCAAAGAACACAAGGAGAGAAUGGAGUGAUGGAAGGGGGAAUCAUCCCUUGAAGGAUCGCAGAGCAGUCAGAUGGAGGUGUCCCAGUAGUGAGUGAACCCUGUUACAGGUUUCCCUUCCUCUGGUUCCUGAAUUGAGUAAUAUAUAGUGUAAUCUGCUGGAAAAGACUGGGAUUAUAAAUAAUAAGAGAUUACCUGCAGAACAUCGCUCGAAUGCUGAACCUAAACAGAAGAACCCAGUAAAACAUCACUGACUGAGCAGAGUCUUCCAAGAGAGCGACCAUAAUGUGGAUGGUGCUCCGCAGCUAGGAUUUGUACACCCCGGAUGCUCAAAGGCUAAUGCACCGAUGAAGGGCCACUACUUAACCAAUAUACUACAAUUCCAUUCUGUUGGCUGCAUAGCAUCAUAUUAUUGAAGUACACUGUGCUGAUAACUCCUAACUCAUUUCACAUCACUGAAAUAUUUCUGUAGAAGAAUAGAUCUCAUUGAGAAACAGAGAAUUAUAAAGCACUGCUGGAACCAUAAUGUCUUAUGUCUAUCAAUUCAAACCCUGCUUGACUCACUAAUGUUUUUUCACCUAAUCAAAAAUCUGUCUCUUUUUAUACCAGUAAUCACUCAUCUUUGAAUAUUUGUUUGCCAUCUCAAGAUUGAUAGGAAGGGGCUGCUUUUAAAAAUCUUGUAUAUGUAGUGUAGCGGUGGAUUUAAAAUAUUGCCUAGGUCCCUUUGAGCCUUUUUACUAACCUAAUGCAUCUCUCUCUGAACAUUGUUUCUCUCACAACUGCCAGGCCAUGGCCCCAGGCUUCUAAAGCAUUUAGCACCCUCCUUUUAUCCUAAAUAAAAUAAGAUCUCUGGCUCUGAUAUUCCUUGAAAGUAAUAAUCCAGAUUAAUUCAGGCUUCUGUAGCAGUGUGGAAACAGUUUCCCAUUCGACCUGCAACUAAAUCUAGAGACUUCCCCACAGAAAAUACACACACACAUACACACCACACACACAGAGUACAUAGAAUGCCUUGAAGAAACUGUAGCUAACCACCUUAUUAGUAUUCCUCCCUCCUCUGUGUUUCACUUGCAGCAACAGAGGGCUGAGCAAAAUGCAGUAGAACAGGGACAGAGACAGAGCUGGCAAUCAUCUCAAUGCAGGCUGCUGAAUGUAGGGGGUGGGGGGAUGCAGCAAAGCAAGAUUAAUAACCUUGCCAUAAUCCUGUGCACUCUGGAAGGAGAUACCUCUGGUGACGGAGCCAUUCUUGUCUGAUUAAUUGGACUGAGUGAGUGACUGACUGGCAAUCCACCUGGUUUGGAGGGGACCCCGGGUUUUGCUGUUCUUUGAAUCCUCUACCCAUCUGAGAAGGUAACAGUGAGACCUACCAUCUGCAGCACACACAGCAGCUAUUGGAGGCUACUACUGACAGUUUGCACUACAGUUUUUGGUGAGCAAGAAGCCAGGUAUAGUGUACAGUGGAGAUUAAUAUACCCAGGCCACUCAAUUUCACAGUCUGGUCCCCCAGCCACCUCCCCCACCAAACACCCCUUCCCAAUUGCCUUUGAGUUCCGGGCUCACUUUUGACAUAGUCUUUUGGACACAUUUUGCUGGGGAUGGAAGAUCAGUAAAUGGAACCUUUGAAAACUAAUCAUUUUGCUCCUAUGUGACUUGAAAAAAUAAACAGAAAAGAAGAAUCCAAGUUCAUCUGGAGGAAUUUUUAAUUUCCUUUGGAGAAGUUUUAGGAGGGACAUCCAAAAGAAAUGAAUUUCUCUCUUGCAAGAAUUCAAGAUAGUUUAGUGAUGUGGGAGCCAAACAAGCUGACAUUCGAUUGGAUAGUCUGAACAUCAUGAUGCCUAUUAAUAUUUCUGGAGACCCUACAACCAUCCCAGAAAAAGGAAACUUGCCUUCAGCAGUGGAUUUGACUAUAGAAGCAUGAAAAGAUAUUUCUGGUCAUAUGAAAAACAACGAUUCAAACCUGGGCAACAAUUUUUCAAACUCAACUUUCUGGUGGUAAACUUCAAGACCGACAGAAAAUACAGUACAAAACAUGUUAUUGCCAUAUCAGAUCAGAUGAUUGACUCCCUCAAUUCAGUAUUCUGUCUCGACUGAUGACCAAUAUCUGAUAGCUCAAAAGAAGGUCACCAGGGGAGCAGGAAUGGACCGCGAAAUUCGUUGCUAGGAAAUAUCCUAACAACAUGACAUGCCAAUGAGAAAGGAAGUGGAAUCCACUUUGGCAAAGAAGAGAAUUAUCCAAUGAAUGAUCGACUACAGGUGUUGAUGCCCUCUUCAUCACCAGAAAUCAUCCUCUUACAAAGCAGCUCUUCCCUAGAUCUUGAAGAUCAGAUCAGAAUUUGUUAAGACAAUUCAAACUCCAGAAGGACCAACACCAAAUAAAUUAUGAAUGUUGAACAAGAUGACCUUACAUCCACAGCAGAUAAUGAUAGGUCCUAGGUUUAACAGGGCCCUAUUUGACCCCCUGCUUGUGGUGCUACUGGCUCUUCAACUUCUUGUGGUGGCUGGUCUAGUCAGGGCUCAAACUUGCCCUUCUGUCUGCUCCUGCAGCAACCAGUUCAGCAAAGUGAUCUGUGUGCGGAAGAAUCUGAGAGAAGUCCCAGACGGCAUCUCCACCAACACACGGUUAUUGAAUCUCCAUGAGAACCAGAUCCAAAUAAUUAAGGUGAAUAGUUUCAAACAUUUGAGACACCUGGAGAUCUUGCAGCUGAGUAGGAAUCAUAUUAGAACCAUUGAAAUAGGGGCCUUCAAUGGUCUGGCCAAUCUCAACACUCUGGAACUUUUUGACAAUCGUCUUACCACCAUCCCUAAUGGGGCUUUUGUAUACCUGUCAAAACUGAAGGAGCUUUGGUUGAGAAACAACCCUAUUGAGAGCAUCCCUUCUUAUGCUUUUAACAGAAUCCCUUCCCUACGUAGGCUGGAUUUGGGGGAACUAAAAAGGCUUUCAUACAUCUCAGAAGGUGCUUUUGAAGGUCUAUCCAAUUUGAGGUAUUUGAACCUUGCUAUGUGCAACCUUCGAGAGAUCCCUAACCUCACACCACUCGUAAAACUGGAUGAGUUAGAUCUUUCUGGGAACCAUCUGACAGCCAUCAGGCCGGGGUCCUUUCAAGGGUUAAUGCAUCUUCAAAAAUUGUGGAUGAUACAAUCCCAGAUUCAAGUGAUAGAAAGGAAUGCCUUCGAUAACCUUCAGUCACUGGUGGAAAUCAACCUGGCACACAACAACCUAACACUACUGCCUCAUGAUCUCUUCACACCACUCCACCUAGAAAGGAUCCACCUGCACCACAAUCCUUGGAACUGCAACUGUGACAUUCUUUGGCUCAGCUGGUGGAUUAAGGACAAAGCACCCUCCAACACUGCAUGCUGUGCUCGCUGCAACACACCUCCCAAUUUGAAAGGAAGGUACAUCGGUGAGCUGGACCUGAAUUAUUUCACGUGUUAUGCUCCGGUGAUAGUGGAGCCACCAGCAGACCUCAACGUCACAGAAGGCAUGGCUGCAGAACUGAAAUGCCGAGCAUCGACCUCCCUGACCUCUGUAUCUUGGAUUACUCCAAAUGGAUCAGUUAUGACGCAUGGGGCAUACAGAGUUCGGAUUGCUGUGCUCAGUGAUGGCACAUUAAAUUUUACAAAGGUGACCGUGCAAGACACGGGCUUGUAUACCUGCAUGGUGAGUAACUCUAUUGGGAAUACCACAGCUUCUGCCACACUGAACGUGACUGCACUGGACAAUGGUUACACAUACUUUUCAACUGUUACCGUAGAGACUAUGGAACCUUCUCAGGAUGAGGCCCGGACCACAGAGCAAAUUGGGCCCACGCCAGUUAUUGACUGGGAGACCACCAAUGUGACAACUUCUCUUACUCCACAGAGCACAAGGUCAACAGAAAAAACAUUUACCAUCCCAGUCACAGAUGCAAGCAAUGGGAUCCCAGGAAUAGAUGAGGUUAUGAAGACUACCAAAAUCAUAAUUGGUUGUUUUGUGGCUAUCACUCUCAUGGCCGCUGUGAUGCUGGUAAUUUUCUACAAAAUGAGGAAACAGCAUCACCGGCAGAACCACCAUGCUCCAACACGGACUGUAGAGAUCAUUAACGUGGAUGAUGAGCUUACAGGUGAUACACCCAUAGAGAGUCACUUGCCCAUGCCGGCCAUAGAGCAUGAGCACCUAAAUCAUUAUAACUCUUAUAAGUCUCCUUUCAACCACACAACAACAGUUAACACAAUAAAUUCAAUACACAGUUCAGUGCAUGAACCGUUAUUGAUCCGAAUGAACUCAAAAGACAAUGUACAAGAGACUCAGAUCUAAAAUAUUUACAAAAUUGGGGGGAGGGGAAAUACAAAAAGGACGGUUUAUAAAACAAAUGACACAAAUGACUGGGCUAAAUCUACUGUUUCAAAAAAAAGUGUCUUUACAAAAAAAAGAAAUUUAUUUAUUAAAAAUUCUAUUGUGAUCUAAAGCAGACAAAAUUAUGUGUAUUCCUCAAAACCUCUUUUUGCUGCACUUAUUUACCCCACUUCCUCCUUUCUCCCUCCCCUACCUGCCCCAACUGCAUUUGCCAUAUUUUUCAUAGGAGAUCUUGAUUCCCUAAAAGAACUGGUCUAGGAAAUUUUGUAAGAAUUCUGUCAUACUUUGGGAAUUUUUAUGGUGAACUCUAGUGGUGAGAUUCAGUCGAUUUUGUCUCUUUUUUCUGUUUUAUUUUUUCUUUUCUCAUACCCUUCUUGAAACGGUUCUACAGGGAAUGGAGCAUUAGCAGUAGAUUUGUAAGUGAGAACCAAGGAACAAGCAACAACAACAACAAAAAAGCAAAGCCUUUUUUUAAAUUUUUCAUGUAAUAACCUGUUCUGUAUUUACCAAGAGGACCAUUCUGUGGAAGAAGAAACAAAAAUCUAAGAAAAUAAUUUACUUGUGAACAUCUACAAAACCCAUGAUCUUUUAAACAAUUCUAGAACCAGAAUUUGUAGUUCAAACACUAAAAUAAGAUUAUAAAUAAAAUAUUGUUGUUUUUUUUCUGUA